AUGGCGACUUACACCAACACGUGGAGGAACAAGGUGUGGGUGGGCUGGUUUUUCCUGAACUUGCCCAUCAUUUUCUUCAUGGACCUCUUGGACUACAUCUGGCCUGCCUCCUUGUACGAACCCGUCGGCUCGCCGCUGCACUUUGCCUUCCAAAUGAAGGAGUGGUACAUCCAAAAGUACAACGACCCGAUCGUGCAGUGGUCCGUCGAGACCGCGUCCGGCCACGACAGCUGGAUGGGCCUGUUCAUGCACCUCGAGGCCUUCUUCCUGCUGCCCACCGUGCUGUAUGGCAUCUACCGUCUUGUCGUGCAGCGCCGCGGCACGUCCGGGUGUGAUGAGCUGCUGUUCCUGGUGUAUGCUCUCGAGGUCGCGUUCACGACGCUCAUCUGCAUUUAUGAUACCGGGUUCCUGGACGAGGCGGUGUAUUCGGCGGAGAUCAAGCACGAGCUGCAGUAUCAGGUGUAUGCCGCCUGGGCUGUUCUGCCCACCCUCGGAGCCAUCGACAUGGCUUUCCGGAUCCUGGGCCGCAUCAAGGCCGCGGAUGCUGCGCAAGCCGCCAAGAAGUCGCAGUAG